GAGCUAACAUGCCAGCAGGAACUUCUUGGUCACGAUAUAUGACAUUUUUUGUUGUGGCUUUAACGACAAUGUUUGCAGGAGCUCAAUGUGUGCAUGUAGUGUACAGGCCUUUAGACGACUUAGACAAAUAUAUAGAAGAAGAGGAAAUAAAGAUAAAGCAGGGAUAAAGAAAUUGUUAUUAUUUAUUUUUAUUGUUGAUUCAUAUU